CACCAUGAAGAUUGCCGUCGUUGCCUUUUUCGUCAUUGCUCAGUGCGGAGCCUUUGCUCCCGCACACUAUUCUCGCACUGUCACUAGUAGUACAUUACUCGGUGCCAAGGAAAAGGGCGGGACCUCCAAAGAAUUGGACUUGCCCUGUGCAGAUGAAUGCGCGAUUUCCAAGUACCCCAAUCUCCCCGAAUCAAUCCACCCCGGUGUACUCAGUGGACAAGCGCAAAUGGAUCUACUGAAUCACGCGAAAGAACACGGCUACGCGAUUCCCGCCGUCAAUUGCGUUUCCAACUCGGGCAUCAAUGCCUGUUUGGAGGCCGCGCGAAAGAACGACGCGCCCAUUAUUAUUCAGUUUUCUUCCGGAGGCUCCCAAUUUUACGGAGGCAAAGGCCUCGACAACAGCAACUACCGGGCCGCCAUUGCCGGUGCCGUCAGUGGCGCUUUCCACGUACGUACCAUGGCCGAACAGUACGGUGUGCCGGUUAUUCUGCACACGGACCAUUGCGCCAAGAAGUUGUUGCCGUGGAUUGACGGUCUACUCUCGGCCAGUGAACGCUACUACGAGCAACACGGCGAGCCCUUGUUCAGCUCGCACAUGAUUGACUUGAGUGAGGAACCGAUCGAGGAAAAUAUCGAAAUCUGCAAAGAAUAUUUGACACGCAUGGACAAGAUUGGAAUCUUGCUCGAAAUGGAAUUGGGAAUUACGGGAGGAGAAGAAGACGGUGUUGACAACAGCGACCGACCGAUCGAGGACCUAUACAGCAAACCGGAAGAAAUCUACCAGGUAUAUGAGGAACUCAUGAAAAUUUCCGACAAGUUCACGGUGGCGGCCGCAUUCGGUAACGUACAUGGUGUGUAUUCUCCCGGAAAUGUCAAACUGGAGCCCAAGAUUUUGAGUCGCGCCCAGGAUUACAUUUCCGAAAAACUUGGUGACAAGGCACCGGCAGACAAGAAGCCCGUUGCCUUCGUUUUCCACGGUGGAUCCGGUUCGGACGUUGCGGAUAUUCAGGAAGCCAUUGGCUACGGGGUGAUCAAAAUGAAUAUCGACACCGACACUCAAUGGAGCUACUGGGAAGGUAUCAAGAACUUUGAGACCAAGUACCACGAUUACCUGCAGACACAGAUCGGCAACCCCGACGGACCGGACAAGCCCAACAAGAAAUAUUACGACCCGCGAGAAUCCAUGCGUGCCGCAGAAGUCAACACGGUUGCUCGAUUGGGCAAAUCGUACGCCGACCUAAAGUGCCAAAAUAUUUUGGGACUAGGCGAAGUGGAACCGGCAGACAAUGUACUCGGACCCCGCCGAGGAGGUCUUCCCGUGUAAUUGCGGAAAGUAAUAUAUGUGUGUGUUCGCGAGAAGUACGGAAUUUCGUGUUCGGCGAACCAACCACGUAGCGUUGUAGUCAUCCGUACCGUUUUUCUAUGUUGCAACAGCAAUAUUCAAUGCGCGUCACGGCAACCAAUAAUAUUUACAAAAGUAGACAAAAUGCUGAAUCUAC